GUUGGAGAGAAAUAUUCCAAGGGAACCCGGAAGAUGUGCAGUGCGCACACAUAUCACUUUAUUAUGUCUAUGUUCAACAAGAAGAGGAAGUGGGCGGAGCUCAGGGACCGGAAAAGGAACUUCCGCUGCCCUUUCCCCACGUUGUUGAUUCUGCUGCUGGUUUCCCCAGGACUUUUGCAGAGCCUGAUUUUUGCUGUUUGUGAAGCCGCUACAGGUCAGUUGGUGGUUGGGGUGUUUCUUUGGGGGGCAAAUAUUUAUUUCCUCUGGCUUUCCUGUCUCCUUUGGUUCUAAUUGUUAGAUCCAGCCCCACUUUUUUUAAAAAAAUAAUUUUUAUUGAGUUUUCCACUUAAAUCAUAUUCACAUUUUGUUACAUAAUUCUAUGACUUAAUAUAUUACUCUGUAAGAGCACCGACCUCCUUCCCUCCCUCUUUCUGACUUCCACAUAACUUUCCAUAUUCUUCGUAUUUCUUUAAGCACUUAUUUACCCUUUGUCAAAUUAUAAUACUUCACCUUAUUGUCGGUAAAUCGGUUCCUUAUAUUUACAUUACAAAGCAUUUCAAUUCAAGCCUACAAACGUUUUCAAAUGUUUACAAUUUUCUUUCAUGUAAAAUAUAAAUUUGUUCCAGCCCGUUUGAAACAGUUCGUCACGCUGAUUCCGAGAUCCAGCCCCGACUUUUGCAUUGAAGAAAUGCAUGUAGUUUCGUUGGAAGGCAGUCAGCCUGUGGAACUCGCUGCCACAAGGCAUAGUGACAAUUGUGAAGUCGGAUGGCUUUGAAAGGGGAUUGGGCAAAUACGUGGAGGAGGGGGCUGUCGAUGGUUGCAAGGCACGAGGGCUAUAUAUUAGUUACAGGGAAUCGCACGUGGGGAUAAUGUUGACCUACCCCGUUUCUGCUUGUAUACAUCCCACGGGCCUUUGUCCAGCCAAUGUAAGACUAGGAAGCUGGACUCGAGGCACCUUUGCUUGAUCCAGCUGGGCUCUUCUUCCUUGAUCACUUACCAAAGAGCUGUCUGUACUUUUCAAUGAAAUCAAGAUACUUCGCUGAGGCUGGUUAAUAAUAAUAAUAAUUUGUACCCCGCCCAUCUGGCUGGGUUUCCCCAGCCACUCUGGGCGGCUUCCAACAGAGAUUAAAAAUACAUUAAAACAUCAGUCAUGAAAAACUUCCCUAAACAGGACCGCCUUCAGAUGUCUUCUAAAGUCAGAUAGUUGUUUAUCUCUUUGACAUCUGGUGGGAGGGCGUUCCACAGGGCGGGCGCCACUACCGAGAAGGCCCUCUGCCUGGUUCCCUGUAACUUCGCUUCUCACAGUGAGGGAACCACCAGAAGACCCUCAGAGCUGGACCCCAGUGUCCAGGCUGAAUGAUGGGGGUGGAGACGCUUCUUCAGGUAUAAUGGUUAUAAUAUUCGUAGUGGUAAUAGCCCAUGAAAACUUUUUAUGCUCUUCCUUUGUGCGUCAGGUAUAGAGAUAGGGAUAUAUAGCAAGAGCUAAAGAGACACAGUAAACAGUUUAAAAAAUACAUAUUUUUGUUGCAUCAUAUGGUAUUAUUAUAAAAGCCAGGUUUAUGCCAGGGCGGGGUGUAUGACCUCAGUUAAUACUGUCAAUACUUUCUGUGCAGUCGAUUUCCAGCAGAUGUUUGUGUCCCCUUACCUAAUCCUUCUAAGUAGAGAUGGCAGCGAUUGCAGCUGGGGUGUUUUCCAUGGGCCCAGCCAUUACACUCCCAUAAACUGACAUAAUAAUAAUGAUAAUAAUAAUUUUAUUAUUCUUACCCCGCCCAUGUGGGUUGCCUCAGCCACUCUGGGCGGCUGCCAACACUCAUAAAAACAUAAUAAAACAUUCAACAUUUAAAAACAUCCCUGAAAAGGGCUGCCUUCAGAUGUCUUCUGAAUGUUGUAUAGUUACUUAUCUCCUUGUCAUCUGAUGGAAGGGUGUUCCACAAUGUGAAUACCUUGGCAGAAAGUAUGCCGUAUAUCCAUUUAACUAUUCUAUCCUGCCAAUUAGCUACAUAGGAUUAUCUUCUCGUCCAUUUCCCCCUGUUGCUAGUGGUGUUGUCAAAUAUUUGGCAGGGCACAAUGUAUGGUUUUGCGAGGUCUGCAUUUUCCUUCUUAGGUCACAAGUUGUCUGGACCACAUAUUCUGCAAAGUCACUGGCUGAACUGCUUACUCGGGGGUGUCGUCUUCUAUUUGUCCCCGUGUCAGUUUCAGUUUAUUGGUUAAUUUUUCUAGUAGGGCUGUUUCCCAUACUAUUUGGUACCAUUGGUCCAUGCUUACUCCUGACAAGUCAGAGAGAAGCUUAGCUAAACACGUUAUAAUCAAUUAUAAACCAGUUAGGUUCCGGGCCCAAUUCAAAGUGCUGGUUUAGACCUACAAAACCUUACGCGGCUCAGGACCACAAUACCUCUUUUCAAAUGUAUCUCCCCAAACCCUGGGAUCAUCUUCUGAGGCCCUUCUUCGUGUACCUCCUCCACGAGAGGUCCGGAGGUUAACAACACGAGAACGGGCCAUUUCUUCACUGGCUGCCCUUUUAAAAUGGGAUCGGAUGGUAGUUAUUGGGUUUUGCUUUUAUUUUUAUUAUGUGUCUUGUGUUUUUAUAUUGUGAUUACAGGUUGUAACCCCCGCCCUCCCCCCCGAGACCUGUGGGUAAAGGGCAAUAUACAAUUUAAUAAAUAAUCAGCAUCACGAAUAUCCUUAAACGCUUAGGAAGCAUCGCAAGUUUUCUACACACAAUGCAGAUACUAAAAAUGUAAGAUAGUUCUGAAGAGGUGUGGUUCAGUGGUAGAGAAUCUGUCUUGCAUGCAGAGCAUCCUAGGUUCAAUCUCUGACAGCAGCAGACUCCUGCUUGGAUAGCGACUCCCGGUACAGGCAGUCAUACCAUUGGUCCAUUUAUCAGAGUACUAAGCAUAAGGCAAUGCAAUCCUAUAAGCAAAAAGAGACCACGGAGAAGGCAAGAAGGGAGAAGAGAAGAAGCUGGCUGAAUGCAGGGUUAAUGUCAGCGGAUAUACCCCAAGACUGCAGUCUUCGUUUCAGUUAAUAAUAAUAAUAAUUUUUAUUUAUACCCCGCCCUCCCCAGCCAAGGCCGGGCUCAGGGCGGCUAACAAGCAAUAAUAAAAACAAGUUGAAUGAAUACAACUUAAAAACAAGAUUAAAAUACAACAUUAAAAUAUUGAAACGUUAAAAUAUUAAAAUGCAGCCUCAUCACAGGAGGAGAAAGGAAAAAGAAAGAGGGUGAGGGAAUCAAAUUGGCUCCAAGCCAAAGGCCAGGUGGAACAACUCUGUCUUACAGGCCCUGCGGAAAGAAAUCAGAUCCUGCAGGGCCCUGGUCUCAUGAGGCAGAGCAUUCCACCAGGCCGGAGCCAGUGUUGAAAAGGCCCUGGCUCUGGUUGAGGCUAAUCUGACUUCCUUAGGGCCCGGGACCUCUAGGGUGUUGUUAUAUAUGGACCUUAAGGUCCUCCGUGGGGCAUACCAGGAGAGGCGCUCCCAUAGGUACGAGGGUCCUAGGCCGUGAAGGGCUUUAAAGGUCAAAACCAGCACCUUGAAUCUGACCCUGUACUCCACCGGGAGCCAAUGCAGCUGGUAAAGCACUGGGUGAAUAUGCUCCCAUGGCAGAGACCCCGUGAGGAGCCUCGCUGCAGCAUUCUGCACCCGCUGGAGUUUCUGGGACAGCUUCAAGGGCAGCCCCGCGUAGAGCGAAUUACAGUAGUCAAGAUAUACGAGAGAGAGAGACAUUGCACACACUUUUGUAAAUCAAGAAAAUCUUUAAUUAAAAAUAAAAUGAAGCUAAGCUUCUCUCUCUGGCCAUUUGCGUCUAGGAGGGAAGAUGGUGCGCAAGUUGAAGUUCCACGAGCAGAAGCUCCUCAAGAAGCUGGACCUGGUGAACUGGGAGGCUGCCUCCGGGAACCUUGCCGAGCUGCGAGUGCUCCGCCGCUUCCGCUUGCAGCGCAGAGAGGACUACACCCGCUACAACCAGCUGAGCCGCGCGGUUCGGGAGCUGGCCCGCCGCAUCCGGGACCUUGGUGAAGCGCCGGAGUCGGCGGCUUUCCGGGCCCGGAGCACUGCCGCUCUCCUAGAGAAGCUGUAUGCCAUGGGGUUGGUGGCCUCCAAAAGCUCCCUGGAGCUGUGCGACCGCGUCUCGGCCUCCUCCUUCUGCCGCCGCCGCCUGCCUUGCCUGCUCCUGAAGCUCCGUAUGGCCCAGAACUUGAAAUCGGCCGUCACCUUUGUGGAGCAGGGGCAUGUGAGGGUUGGGCCCGAGGUCGUGACGGACCCAGCCUUCUUGGUGACUCGGGCGAUGGAGGACUUCAUCACCUGGACCGACUCCUCUCGCAUCCGCCAGCAUGUUCUCAACUACAAUCAGGAACGGGAUGAUUUUGAUUUGGCUUGCUAAUUAUCAUUUUUUAAAAAGUGGGGGCACCUUUUCCCAAUUUGUUAACCUGACUUAUUUAUUAAAUUUGUACACUGCCCUUCAUCCGAAGAUCACAGGGCGGUUCACAACAUAAUAAUGCCAAAUUUAUACAGAAUAAAACAAAAACAUCUAUCUCUUGUGCGAUCCUUGUGGACCACAGGGGUAGGUAGGCCUGGGAUGCUUAGCCCAGAUAAUCUCCAAGGGCCCCAAUAUUUUCCCCACUUGGCAGUUAAUGUCCUGAUUAAUGUGGAUAGUCUUGAUAUUUUGGAGGGUAACUGUUUACCGCUUCUUGCAAUAGUGACUCUGCUGUCUGGUUUCUGUGUGUAGAUCCUAACGAUGCCUGUAUCUUAUAUUCAUUUUUUAAAAAAAUACCAUUUUUGUCCAACAUUAAUCUAAGUAAGAUAAAAACAUGACAUAAACAAAAAAAAGAAAGAAAGAGAGGUAAGAAAAAAGAGAUGGAAAAGAGUUUCAAGAGGAAAUAGAAAACAUAGUGUUCAGAGAUUAAAGAACUUUCAAUUCUUCAUCUGUCUGCUAUAUAUAAACAAUGUGGCUGGGGAAGCCCAGCCAGAUGGGCGGGGUAUAAAUAAUAAAUUAUUCUUAUUAAUCACUUCAUACAUGCCAAUGUAACACCUAACAAAACCACUUUCUAUAAACAAACAUUAUCUUCCAUCCCCAAA